AUGAAUUCGUCCGAGUCGCAGAUGAACCUGCUGAAUAACGAGGCCCGGGCGACGUCGCAGCAGUCGCUCACGGCGCCGGGCGACUACGUGCUCGGGCCCGUCGAGAAGCACUUCUUGCUGUCGGCCGAGCGCGGUGACUGCGCCACCGUGAGACGCCUCCUCGACGAGAACAAGGACCAUCCGGAGAUACUCAACAUCAAUUGCGUCGAUCCGCUCAACAGAUCGGCCCUCAUUUCGGCCAUAGAGAACGAAAAUAUCGACCUCAUCACGCUACUGCUCGAUAUGGGUAUUCAAGUCAAGGACUCGCUGCUCCACGCAAUCAAGGAAGAAUACGUAGAAGCCGUGGAGGUUCUGUUGGAGCACGAGGAGAAAACUCACCAGCCGGGCCAGCCAUACAGCUGGGAAGCGGUGGACCGGUCGGCGUCGAACUUCACCCCGGACAUAACGCCGCUGAUCCUGGCGGCCCACAUGAACAACUACGAGAUCCUGAAGAUUCUGCUGGAUCGAGGUGCCACCCUGCCGACGCCCCACGACGUGCGCUGCGGCUGCGACGAGUGCGUCACCUCGAGCGAGACCGACUCGCUGCGUCACUCGCAGUCGCGCAUCAACGCCUACCGGGCCCUUUCGUCCUCCUCCCUCAUAGCCUUGUCGUCGCGCGACCCCCUGCUGACGGCCUUCGAGCUCUCCUGGGAGCUGCGCCGUCUCAGCGCCAUGGAGCAGGAGUUCAAAACCGAGUACAUUGAAAUGCGAGAAAAGGUUCAAGAGUUCGCGACGUCGCUGCUCGAUCACGCCCGCACGUCGUUCGAGCUCGAGGUCAUGCUGAAUUACAAUCCCAUCGGCGAGAACUGGGAGCCGGGCGAGCGCCAGACCCUCGAGCGGCUCAAGCUCGCCAUCAAGUACAAGCAGAAGCAGUUCGUGGCCCAUCCGAACGUGCAGCAGCUGCUGGCCAAGAUCUGGUACGACGGCCUGCCGGGCUUUCGCCGCCUUUCGAUGGUCAAGCAGCUCGUCGAGGUCGGCAAGCUCGGCGCACAAUUCCCCGUCUACAGUACCAUCUACAUGCUGUCGCCCAACUCGCCCAAGGCCCUCUUCAUGAAGAAGCCCUUCGUCAAGUUUAUCUGCCACUCGUCCUCCUAUGCGCUUUUCCUCAUGCUCCUGGGUGCGGCGUCGCAGCGAAUCGAAGUUUUAGCCCUCGAGCUCCUCGGUCCGGAUUGGGUGCAAGAGAUGCUGGCCGACUGGAAGCGUCGCGAACGCGGCCAGCUUCCUGGUCUCAUCGAGUCCGGAGUCAUUAUUUACGUCAUAAGUUUGGUCAUCGGUGAAAUGCGCUCCCUCUGGGCAGAUGGCCUUUUAGAAUACAUAUCGGACCUUUGGAACAUUGUCGAUUUCAUUCAAAACAUGUUUUACGUCAUCUGGCUUUGCAUGAGAGCGACGUCUUGGUUCUGCGUCAUGAGAGAGUAUUGGCAAGGUGAAGAUCCCUGGUACCCUCGAGAUCAUUGGUCCGAUUUCGAGCCGAUGCUGCUUUCCGAAGGUGCUUUUGCUGCAGGCAUGAUAUUCAGUUUUCUGAAACUCGUGCACAUAUUCAGCGUAAAUCCACAUCUAGGACCUCUUCAAAUAUCACUCGGUCGAAUGAUCAUCGACAUCAUCAAAUUUUUCUUCAUCUACACUCUCGUCCUUUUUGCGUUCGGUUGCGGUAUGAAUCAAUUGCUAUGGUACUACGCUGAUCUGGAAAAGAAUAAGUGUUACCACCUGCCAAGCGGAUUGCCGGACUUUGACAACAACGAAAAGGCCUGCGCCACUUGGCGUAGGUUUGCCAACUUGUUCGAGACGUCGCAAUCGUUGUUCUGGGCGAGUUUCGGUAUGGUCGAUUUGAUGUCGUUCGAUCUGACUGGCAUCAAAAGCUUCACUCGAUUCUGGGCUCUACUGAUGUUCGGCUCGUACUCGGUCAUCAACAUCAUCGUGCUGCUCAACAUGCUCAUCGCCAUGAUGUCCAAUUCCUAUCAGAUCAUUUCGGAACGAGCCGACACCGAGUGGAAGUUCGCCCGCAGCCACCUGUGGAUGAGCUACUUCGAGGACGGCGACACAGUACCGCCCCCUUUCAACAUGAUACCGACGGCCAAAACGUUCCAGCGCAUAGUCAAGUGCGGCGACACCGGCAAACCGACCCGCUCCCUCAUCAAAAAGUCACGAGAGAAGGCGAAGGAGCGCCACGACACGGUCAUGCGACUGCUGAUUCGGCGCUACGUCACCUGCGAGCAAAGCAAAACCAACGACUUUAGUAUCACCGAGGACGACGUGAUGGAGAUUCGUCAGGACAUAUCCUCGCUCAAGUACGAUUUGAUCGACAUUCUGCGCCAGAACGGCAUGGUCACGCCCAACAUCGACAAGCAGGAGGCCUCGCUGUCGGGCAAGAAGGGCCGAGUGAUGGAGCGCCGACUGCAAAAGGACUUCCAGAUCGGCAUGGUCGAGGGCAUCGUGAACCAGGUGAUCCAGGCGAGCGACAAGCCGGGCAAGGACGUGUUCAGCCAGAUCGCCAAGGCCAUCGGUCGCAAGCAGUCGGGCGGCAGCAAGAAGAAGGACUGGAACGCCAUGGUGAGGCAGAGCACGAUCGCGGCCGACCCGAUCGGCAGCUCGGGCGAGGCCACCGACAAGCAGCACCGGCGCAGCUUGCGCAGACACCUGCAGCACCAGGGCGACUCGGUGCUCGAGUCCCUCGAUCCCCAGAGGCUGCUCGAGUACAAUCCCAACCUGUCCGAGGUCACGGCCACCACGAGGAUCGCCUACGCCAAGUUCAUGCUCAGGCGUCCCGCGCCCAAGGAACCACCACCUGGCGAAGGCGACGGCGGAGCAGACGCGAGUGGCGGCGAUGGCGAAGCUGCCAAGGCACCGCGGCUGAGUCAACGAGUCGUGUCGAUAGCCGAGCCGGCCAAAGACGGCAGUCCAGCGCCACCGGCCCGGGCCCUCAGCAAAGCCAUCAGCAAAGCCGCCAGCACCGACUCGAAAUCUCGCCUGGACGCGAAGCAGCAGUCGCAGCAGCAGCCGGAAGAUGCCGCAACAUCGCAAAUGAAACCCAAGGGCUCGCUGAAGAAGCAGCCGACACUGAAGAAGCAGGCGUCGAAACCACCGGCCCCGGAGCAGCCCAAGGAAGAGCCAAAGGACAAGCCCGCGGCGACGACGACGACGAGCGCCGCACCACCUCCACCGCCGGCCGGCGGCGACGACACAUUGACCAAAGCCCGUGGAAAGUCCAAAGCCACCGGCCAGAUAGUCGGUGGCUGGAUUUGAAGACCCGGUUCUUUCCCACGCGGCUUUUACCAUGCGCCCAGCUCUGCAUUGACCAAUCAGCCCGAGCCGCACUGGCCGAUUAUGAGCCUCAAGAAUUUUCUAUAAAAAUUGGAA